AUGCCGACCUCGCGGGUCCCGUUCCCGCCUCCCGGUGUUGGUACUCAUACCCUGCAGCCAGGUGCCAAAUGGGCGCCAAGAGCCAAGUUGCCUUUCAGCGAUGCUGGGACAGUGGCUGGCAGGCACAGCGUUCGCACGGCCCAGUCCUUGCAGGAGGCAUCCAGGCUGUGCACGAGCGCAUCGUUGGGUCAGAGUCAACUUUCGGAACACGACGAUACGAGGAAAGAAAAGCAAGACAGUUUGAGAGUUACUGAGCAAGUGGGGAACCCACAGAGCAGCCAAAGGCGUUCACUGCCAUACGAUCAAUUAGUUUCCUCAAGGAACAGCUUGAGCAGACGCCUCAGCGAAGCAAACAAGUACACCUCACACUUAGAGCGUCAAUUGGAAGGCAGCAUGACCACAGUCCAAAAAGCUCACAAGGGCCUUCGAAAGCUUGCCAGUGAGCUUGUGUCUUUAUCCAGCCUGGCAGAAACUGCGGCUGCUGCCCUUAAGUUUGGUGGCGAUCAAAAUGACGCUGUUGACAAAAUGCUGAAAUUGGAGCAUGAACUACGGCAGGCCAGGAAGGCCGUCGACGACCAAUAUGCCCAUCUGUCCGAACACGUUCCUCGGUGUGUUCCUGUAUCUUGGUAUGGGCCGGCCUGCGAGGUGCGACUCAUGGGUGACUUCGAUGGCUGGACAACUGGGUACGAGCUGUCUGCUGAUAAGAUAGAAGACAGUGUACUGACCAAGUUUGAGGCGGAAUUGGAUUUACUGCCGGGUGCAUACGAAGUGAAGUUUCUCAUAGAUGGAGAAUGGCGACUGGCCAGAGAUUGGCCCACGACAGAGUCACGUCGAGGGGAGACCAACAACCUAAUUGUGGUGGAAUGA